CACGUGUUGUCAAGUGGUGAAAAUGUUUCCUUAAUCUGCAGUUUAUUCAGCUCUGAGCUUCCAUUAAAAUGAAUCCAACAGCUCCUCCCAUCCACUGUCUGACUUGACGUGGUGACGUUGACGUGCCAACAUCCCCCUAAGCCCCACCCCCCUAAGCAGCUGAAUCUUCAGUCUUUUAUUCGUCUUCAUCCAAACAAGAUGGAAAAGUUAUUUUUGUUGCUUCUUCUCUGUCUCGGUUCAUCAGCAGUGAAACACUCCCUCAAGUAUGUUCUCACUGCGUCUUCUGGAGUCACAAACCUCCCACCUGUUGUGUCUGUUGCACUGAUCGAUGAUAUUCAGCCAGGUUACUGCGACAAAGAGUCGUUACAACCACGGGACUGGGUGAAAAAUUAUUUAGAUACCGACCCUCAGCAGCUGGCGUGGUACAGUGAAAAGUGUCAUGAGAUUCUGCCGAACGUCUUCAAAGCCAGGAUCUCCAAUGUGAAGCAGCGCCUCAACCAAAGUGAUGGUGUCCACAUUUUACAGUGGAUGGGCGGCUGUGAAUGGGACGAUGAGACUGGAGAAGUUGUUGGUUUCAUGCAGUUUGGUUAUGAUGGAGAAGAUUUCAUGUCAUUUGACCUGAACACACUGACAUGGGUCGCUCCGAAGCCACUGGCUGUCGUCACCAAAUUGUCAUGGGAUGUUGACAAAGCGAGAAUAAAAUACAAUAAGAACUUUUUAACUCAGAUGUGUCCCGAAUGGCUGAAGAAGUAUGUGGACUAUGGGAGGAGCUCUCUGCAGAGAACAGAGCUUCCCUCAGUGUCUCUCCUCCAGAAGACUCCCUCCUCUCCAGUCAGCUGCCACGCUACAGGUUUCUACCCUCACAGAGCUGUGAUGUUCUGGAGGAAAGAUGGAGAGGAUCUUCAUGAGGACGUGGACCAAGGAGAGAUCCUCCCCAACCAUGAUGGAACCUUCCAGAUGAGAGUUGACCUGGACAUUUCAUCAGUCACACCUGAAGACUGGAGGAGGUACGACUGUGUGUUUCAUCUCUCUGGAGUGAAGGAGGACGUCGUCACCAAACUGGACAAAGCAGAGAUCAGGACCAAUGAAGAGAAGCCCAGUAACGUGAGCGUCUCCAUCAUCACUGCAGUGGUUGUUCUCACUCUCGUCCUCAUUGCAGUCACUGGAUUCAUGGUUUACAAAAAGAAGAAAGCCAAACACGCUCCACUUUCUCCUGACAGCGACUCUGAGCUCUCUGAGAAACUGAAUGAAGGAACCUGACAAACACUCAGUCAGUGAGCUCACAUGGGAGGGAAAAGUGUCAUGUGACACAUUAUACAGCUGAAAGAGUCUAAAUGAUGUUUUCCUGUAGCAAAAGUGCAAUAGCUUUAUAUGAACAAAGUGGGAUUAAGGGAUAAAAACAAUCUUGCUUGAGGUAAAUGUCAAAUAUAGUUAUAUAGUUUUAUUUUUUCAUGAUUGAUUAUUUAAUUUUAUCAUUGAUCUUACAUUGAUGCAUUAAUCUGUUUUUGAUCAUUUUUGAAUGACAGUUUCUGGUUUUACUGUAACUCAGAGAAACAUCUAACUAACCUCUGUUUGUUAUUGAAACCAUCUGCUUUUCUUUGGUGAAACGGUUCAUGGGAAAUAAUUAAUGAAACUGCUGGGUAUUAUUAGACUGGUGGAACCAGAUACACAGUGAUGGUACUUGGACUGAUAAGUGGAACAUGGCGUUCAUAUGAUGUUGUCUAUAAACCAGUUGGACCAGCCCAUGUGAGCUGAUCAUGUAGAUAUGAGGCAGAGGCAGCAGAGUAUCUGCUCUUUGACUGAAUGAGAGAAGGAUUUAAAAGCUGCUUAAAGCAACAUUAGCUCAGGGUUAGAGAAGGUGUCGUCUGUCAGAGGUUCAGUAGAUUCAUGACAACACAGACUGACACCCACUGCAGCGUCUAGUUAUAGAUCAAAGAUCAUUUAACUGGAGAACUGGUCAUCUACAGGACCAUCAAAUAUAAAAUGUGUUGUUCUUUCUUUUGCUGCUCAUGUUCCACUUUUCAAUAAAGUUCAAUUUUCCAAA